AUGGAGCGCCAGUCAAAUGACGACGAAUCGAUCGAAUACCAUGACUCAUCUGAAUACGCUGGUUUCCUUGGAAAACGUCACUUCCAAAGAAAAGUCUCGAUGCCAUCUCGCAUGCACGAAUGGCUACGAGGGCUCUUCUAUGUAAGCACGACGGUUUUGAACAUUGUUGCCAUCAUCUUGCUGGUUCGUGUAUGUUCGACCAGCUCUGCUGCUUCGGCAGCAGAAGAAGCCAGCCAUGUUGUUCCUUCAUAUCUUGAGACGUACACUCUCAACUAUACAUCAAAAGAAGAGAGCGCAAUAGUUCGACAGCGAUGGCAAGAUCUACUACCUAAAGGCGGAGGCGACAUUCACAUAUCAAACCACGACCAAUACAAGCAUCUUAGCGAGCCGUGGGUUGAUCCCAGGGGCAACACGCUGUGGAAGGUAUCUUGGGCCCACCAGUUGCACUGCUUGUAUCUCAUUAUGAACGAUUUCAAUAGCGUCAUCCAGUAUGGACCAACCGGAAAGGAGAACCAGGUCAAAGAGGGCCACUUUCAGGUUCACACAAACUACUACUUUAAUUACCUGCAACAGAGCAUUCUCUGUACCUCAGAUAUAACGCUGGAAGGCAAAUCAACAGGAAGCUCAAUCAUGUUUACCAGUCGCCUGAACUUGGAAGCAGAAGACUAUGACGGUCCGUCUUUUGACGAUGAGAAGCAGGCGAUGCUUCCAAGCUCAAUCGAAAAAGAUGCAUCAGCGAAGACCUCACAGCGUGCCCUGCUUAACUACGUUUUGGUCUCCUGCAACAUAUUUCUGUUGUUUUUCUCAGUCGCCCUUUUUGCCAUUGCCGACCAGAAGCAGCGAGGCAUGAUGGGGCAAAAUGCCCAUUUGAAAGCCGUCAAUUCGUAUUACCCUGUAGCCAUCACUGCUGAAGAGGUCGUCACCCUCAGCAAGGACCCUGCCACUGCAGCUCACUAG